AAGGAAAAUCUUGUUUUUAAAAUUUGAAUACAAUAGCAACAAGUCCUUAAAAAAUGUUUUUUAACUUUUAUUGAUGGCUUUUGGUUUUAUAUUAUAUUCAUUUCCAAAUAUAUACACUGCUCUUCUUCCCAGUAAGCUUUCUCUUGUAAUAAGGUUGUUUUUUAAAAAUAUUCAUCAAAACCUACCAGCAAAUCACCUCAAGCAUAUCUGAUAGUAUAUGCAACAUUGAGAGAUGCCUUUCCUCAUCUCUUUUCCUGGGCCAGGCUUAGACAUAAUUACAUACGGUUUUGAUUUUUUUAUUAAUUCUUUUUACAAUGUGUUAGCCCUCAUAUCAUUUUCCUGGUUCAAUUUGCUUCACUCUGUAUCAAUUCCUGUAAAUCUUCCUAUGUUUUUCCAAUUCCUCUUAUUUCUUAUAACACUAUCAUAAUACUUUAUAUCCAUAUACCCCAUUUGUUUAGGCAUUCCACAAUUGACGGGCAUACACUUUAUUUCUAAUUCCUUAUUAUCACAAAAAGUGUUACUGUGAAUGUUUUGGUAUGUAUAGGAGUUUCCUUCUGCCUUUACAAUAUGUGCUCACCAGAAGGCAUCUUGGAUGAAAGUAUAUGGAUAUUUUAUUUCCAUUUUUUGUAUAAUUACAAUUGUUUUCUAGAAUCAUUGAGCCAUUUUAUAUCUUUACCAACAGUAUAUUAUAAUGGGGCAGCUGGGUCGCUCAACGCAUAGAGAGCCAGGCCUAGAGUCAGGAGGACCUAGGUUCCAAUCUGACUUCAGACAGUACCAGGUGUAUGACCCUGGGCAAACCACUUAACCCCCAUUGCUUAACCCUUACCACCCUUCUGUCAUGGAACUAAUGCUUAGUAUUGAUUCUAAGACAGAAAGUAAGGGUUAUUAAAGAAAAAAAAAUGACACAAAGAUAGAAGAUAAGGGUUAUAAAAAAUGAACAACAACAAAACUAAUGUAUUAUACUGCCUAAUUUCCUACAACCUCUCCACCACUGAUAAUUUUCCUUUUUGUUGUCUUUGUCAAUUUGUUAGGUGUGAAGUAAAAUUUUAGUGUGUUUUUCAUUUUUCUUUUUCUCAUUAGUGUUUUGGAUCAUGAUCUCUCUCAUAGUUGAAUUUGAAUUUGUUUUUGUUUAUAUCGUUUGACUACUAUAUGUUGGGGGAAUGGCUCUUAUUCUUAUAUAGUUUGUCCCCAAAGUCUUAGUGGUCUUUCAGCUUAAAGCUUAAUUAUGGGGGCAGCAGGGUGACUCAGUGGAUUGAGAGCCAGGUCUAGAGAUGGGAAAUACUAGGUUCAAAUCUGACCUUGGACACUUCCUACUUGUGUGACCCUGGGCAAGUCAUUUAAUCCCCACUGCCUAGCCAUUACUACUCUUCUGCCUUGGAACCAAUAUGCAGUAUUGAUUCUAAGAUGGAAAGUAAGGGGUUUUUUUUUAAGCUUAUUUAUGUUAAUUCACUACAUAUCUUAGCUAGCAGAUCUUUAUCCAUGUAAAAGCUUUUAAAUUUCAUAGAAUAAAAUUAUCUAUUUUUUACCAAUUACAUGUAAUAAAUUUCCACAUAAGUUUUCCAAAGUUAUAUGAUCCAAAUUAUCUCCCUUCCGUCUUCCUCCCCCCACCCCCAGCUGGCAAGUAAUUCAAUCUGGGUUAUGCAUGUAUUAUCCCACAAAACAUAUUUCCAUAUUCACUUUUGUGAAUGACUAAUCUUAUAAAACUAAAACCCCAAAAUAUAUACCCAAAUAAACAAGUGGAAAAUCAUAUGCUUUAAUAUGCAUUUCUACCCAAACAGUUCUUUCUCUGGUGGUGGAUAGCAUUCUUUAUUAAAAGUUCCUCAGAAUUGUCCUGGAUCAUUAUAUUGUUGAGAGUAGCUAAGUUUUUCACAGCUGAUCAUUCCACAAUAUUGCUGUUACUGUGAAAAUGUUCUCCUGGUUCUGCAUAUUUCACUCUGCAUCAGUACGUUCAUGUAGGUUUUUCCAAUUCUUUCUGAAAUCAAUCCCAUUCAUCAUUAUUUACAGCAUAAUAGUAUUCCAUCACCAUCAUAUACCACAAUUUGUUCAGCCAUUCCCCAAUUGAGGGACAUCCCUUUAAUUUCAAGUUCUUUGCCACCACACACACACACAAAAAAAACAGCUAUAUAUAUUUUUGUACAAGUAGGUCUUUUCCCAUUUAUUUAUCACUUUGGUAUACAGACCAAGUAGUGGUAUUAUAGGAUCAAAAAAUAUGCAUUGUUUUAUAGCCCUUUGUGCAUAAAUCCAAACUGCUCUCCAGAAUGGUUGGAUCACUUCACAACUCCAUCAGUAAUGCAUUAAUGUCCCAAUCUUGCCAUAUCUCCUCCAACAUUUAUAAUUUUCCUUUACUUUCAUAUUGACCCAUCUGAUAAAUGUGAGGUAUUGUUUUAAUUUGGUUUUCUAAUUUGUUUUCAAUUUGCAUUAAAAUUAUUUUAAUUUGCAUUUCUCUAAUCAAGAGGGAUUUAGAAUAUUUUUUCAUUUCAUCAUUGAUAGCUUCAAUUUCUUCAUCUGAAAACUGCUUAUUCAUAUCUUGUAUAUAGCUUGUCCAUUUGGAACUUACUAUGGCAUAUGAUGUUACUCCAAAUCUAUUUUUGCCUCAGGUCAUUUUAAAGAUUCCUCAGUACCUUAAAAGCAAUGAGAAUAUUUUCUUAUUAUGGAAGCUAUUGAUGUUACAGAAGAAUAAUACAAGAAACAGAAUCUUUCACGAGAAGAGUUGCUGUUGCACCUACUGGAAUGUGAUGUGAUCAUUUAUAACAUCACAGAAGAUAUACCACAAGUUGAUGAAGCUAUGUGGGCUGUUUCUGCACUAAGUGAAGAAACAAGCCAUUUUGAAAAACGAAAAAUAUUUAUCUUACUAUCAACAAUGCUGACUUGGGCACGAUCCAAACCCCUUGACCCUGAUGAUCCUGAAAUUCCCUUUACUGAAGAAGAUUAUCGCAGAAGAAAACCACAUCCUAAUUUUUUAGACCACAUAAAUGCUGAAAAAUUGGUCCUAAAAACUGGAAAAAAUAACAAAAAAUUUUCAACCUAUGUAGUUGCUUCUGGACUAAUUUAUGGAGGAGAAGAAGGCAUCUUACAUUUAUUUUUUAAGAUGGCAUGGUUGGGUGAAGUCCCUACAUUACCAGUGUUUGGUAAUGGUGCAAAUAUAGUACCAGCAAUUCAUGUCCUUGAUUUAGCAGGAGUCUUACAAAAUAUAGCAGACCAUGUGCCAAAAGUUCACUACUUACUUGCAGUGGAUGAAGCUUCUCAUACACAAGAAGAUAUAUUAAAGUGCAUCAGUAGAAAUGUUGGUCCAGGGAAAGUUCAAAAAUUUGCAAAAGAAAAUGCAUUUUUAAGCAAAGAAUUAUCGCAAGGACAGCUUGACCAUUUGUUAGUCAACUUGAGAAUGGAAGCUUUAUUUGUGAAAGAAAAUUUUAACAUUAGGUGGGUUGCCCAAGCAGGAUUUGUGGAAAGUAUAGCGAUUAUCCUCAAAGAAUACAAGCAAAGUAGAGGAUUAUUGCCAAUUAAGAUUUGUAUUCUUGGUCCUCCUGCUGUGGGGAAGUCAUCUGUUGCAGAAGAAGUAUGCAAGCACUACAAAUUACACCAUAUUAAAAUAAAGGAUGUGAUCACUGACGCUAUAGCAAGGCUGGAGCUGCUUGUUACACCAAAAGAAGAACCAGAAGCAGAAGGAGAAGAAGACAAUGAUGAUGAUGAAGAAGAAGAAAACUUAGAAGAUAUUCAAGAACUCUUAGAUGCAGUAAAAGAAAGCAUGGAACAGAAUGGAGGUCGCUUGGAUGAUCAAUAUGUAAUUAGAUUCAUGAAAGAAAAACUAAAGUCUAUGCCAUGCAAAAACCAAGGUUAUAUUUUGGAUGGAUUCCCAAAGACCUAUGAUCAAGCAAAAGACUUAUUUAAUCAAGAAGAAGAGGAAGAAGAAGAAGAAUCUAGAGGCAAAAUUCCUCCAUUUGACAAGUUAACCAUCCCUGAAUUUGUUUUUGCUUUGGAUGCACCUGAUGACUUCUUAAAAGACAGAGUAAUGAAUCUUCCUGAGGCCACUGUAGUUGGAACACACUAUGUCCAAGAUAGAUUCUUGAGAUCUCUUAGUAACUAUCGUGAUAUAAAUACUGAAGAUGAAACUGUUUACAAUUAUUUUGAUGAACUCGAAAUCCAUCCACACCACAUUGAUGUAGGAAAAUUUGAACAUCCUGAGAAUAAACUUGCUAUUGGACAGAUUAUCAAAAAUGUUGGAAAGCCUCGAAACUAUGGCUUAACAGAUGAAGAAAAAGCAGAAGAAGAACGUAAAGCUGCAGAGGAACGCCUAGCAAAGGAGGCUGCAGAGGAAGCAGAGCGUGAGCAUAGAGAGGCUGUUGAAACAGCAGAAAAGAUAGCUCGGUGGGAAGAGUGGAACAAACGACUAGAGGAAGUAAAAAGAGAAGAAAGAGAAUUACUUGAGGCACAAUCUGUUCCACUUAGAAAUUAUUUAAUGACAAAUGUGAUGCCAACACUCAUGCGAGGACUGAAUGAGUGUUGUAAGGUCAGACCAGAUGAUCCUGUUGAUUUUCUGGCAGAGUAUCUCUUCAGGAACAACCCUGAAAUGGAAUGAAAUUGAAAAUAUCUUAUGUUUUUAAAGAACUAGAGAGAAAUUUAAAAUAGUAAUCUAAAAAGUAGCUUUAAAAAUAUUUUUUAGUAUCUUGGGCAAACAUUUAGUUUCAUUUCCCUGCAAAGAAAUGUUCUAUUUAUUUAGUAAAACCAUUAUUCUAAGCCACAUGGUAAUGAGUGACUUUUUCUUUGGCCUGGAUCUAUAAUUUCAUCAGUAUAGGGAACUCCUCAUGAAGAAACUUCCUCCACCAAUGCAGUUGGACAGCUAUUCUGCAUUGAAUAGUUUAUAGAGUUGCCUGGGAGCUGAAAUAUUAAGUGAGAUGUUAACUCACAUAACUAGUUUGUACCAGAGCCAACACAAAAACCCAGGUCUUCUAGACCCCUGGACCGACUUUCUAUUAGGCUUUGUCUCCAUAAAUGAUCAAUAAAUGCAAAAUAAAAUUUGAAAGGGCUAUAGAUGGGCUAACUCUAGGUAGCUCAUAUAGUAAAAUAUAGAUCUCACAGCUCCUCAGUUUUAUUCUUAGAUUAAAACGAAAUAUUUUUACACAUCAAUCAUUACAGAUGGUAAUAAUUUAUAGUAUGAGAAAAAUCAAAUUAGUUUUAACUUGGAUAGGUGAGCCGAUGGGUUUCUCUGUUUGGGUUUUUUAAUGACCAGUGGCAUUAAAUGUAUAUUUUUGAAUGAUGACUUAUACUUUUAACUCAUAAUAAAUCAAACAUAAUUAACCUUCACUAGGAAAUUUUUUAUACUGCAAUUAAUAUAGGGUAAGAAUUCUAACCUAUAUACAUGAAAUAAUUGUAAAUUUCUCAGAGAAGAAAUUCAUGUGAUGGUAUGUGUGAUUUGAAUAAAACUCUUACGAUAAAUGGAAA